AUGGCGUCCACCACGAACGAAUCACCUCGCGUGGACUUUCAGCAGCGAUGGCAACCCGACGAACCUCGACCCUUACACAUCGUCAAACGGAAUAGCAGUGCCACCUCUGCAAAGCAUACCUGCACAACAAGCAACUCGAACAUGGAGGGAAAUGCCAAAGCGGAUGCGACAGACGAACCGGACCUGGCCAUCGUGAAAAGGAGAAGUGGCAAAGCUCGGCCUGCGGAGGUCUUGAAGGACGAAGACGUAUUCUCCAACGCCGACAUGGAUCUUGAGCCCGCCGGGGCGCAGAGUCUGAGAGUGAGGAAGACACGCGCGAGCGAGCCUUGCGUCGGUGGAAGAUCAACAGCACAAACCUGUGCCGCGUCUACCCUUGCGUCAUAUCGCCAAAGCAGAGGCGAGAUUCCCUUUCCCUGGGUCCGAUCGCCACAAAACCAUGAGACUACACGAAAUUCGGUACCUGCUUGGCAACAGCCGCAUCGUCAAGGAUCUUCGCUCAGCGGUUAUACCCGUAGAGAGUCUUGUGUUCUGUGUCCACAAGUCGAAGUCACUACAGAGUGCGCGUCGCUUGAUUAUGACCAAAAACAGCUAUGGAUUUGUGUGGAGGUACUUGGUAAAUUGGCCAGAGUGUCGGGGCGAUCCUCGUCCAACAGCACGAGCAGCACCAACAAGGACAACACCGGCGGUGUUCUGACCGGCUGCUUUAUUGAUCAUGAACUGGACCGCUUCUUCGAUCAUGGCUGUUUGUAUGACCUCACUGUAGACGUUCUACCAGUGCAAGACACAUCGAUAUUACAAGUCAUUACGGAGCAGAGCUUUCCCACCACCAUUUAUGCAGGAUCCAGCGUGCUGUUGUUGGCUCACAUUGCAAUUGCUCACGAGCUUCCGCCGGCUAGUCAUGGCCAGCACAUACGCCAGAAGUCUAAUGAACUUAUCGAGGAUCUCGAAAUGAAGUUAGGAGCCUUGCAGCUUGCCUACGCAAAGAUCAGGGUAUCGUUUGCGCACUCUGCGUUUCCAGCAUUCGACCAAACAGAGUCUGUGGGCGGCAUAUCGGCCAUGAGCAGCAGAAUGGAGACCGUCGCCACGGCCAAACUUAGACGGUACGAUGCCUUGUCUCCAUGGUCACCUCGUCCAGCGCCUGCGCCCGAUCUUCUCUCUCCUUUGGUUAAGAAGCACUGGGGUCCAAACAAGGCAAGGGAUGUGAUGCAACAGGUUUCGGCGGGGAGAUCCGCGCCGGCUGGGCAUGGGCAAGCUGGAGCUUUGUCCUACAACAUACAGUCACAACAGCGAUCGGCUAGCCCUGUUCAGAUGCGCCACGCGCCUCCCGCUAUCCCACACAGACAGACAAGCUUGCGAGGAGAUGCUACGUUCAGCUCCCAUCGUUCGCGGGGUACAAGGAGCGUGGUACCUCGAGCGAGCCACGGAGAGAGUCCGCGGCGAUCGGGACAGUCAGAAGCUGGAUCCGUGGCAGACCAAGGCUUGUUCCUGCCCACACUUGCAGAUUUCGGAUUGAUAGGUCGGGUGACCACUAGAUCACCCUGCAAAACAAGCGUCAGGUCAAAGAAAGCAGAUGCAGGGCGGUGGAGUUGGGCCAGCUGGUUUUAGCCUGGGAGCAGGUACCAUCCGAGACAUGAUAACAGAAGA